GCUGAUCUACAGACCCGUGCACAGAAUCGUCAUCAGCAAGUGAGGAGAACCCAUUCAGACCUGGGUGGCCAGAGACUAUUCAAUUGGGACUUGCGUAACAUAUACCGACGCAUGUACUCCACGCCCUCACCUAUCAAGAUGCGCCCUCCACGCUCUAGCCCACCACACCCUACUAUCACUGAUGCAGUUACUCUAAGAAGUUCUAAGCGAAGAUCAAGACGUCCCCAACUACGAAGGUCCAUCAGUCAACCACUUGGACUAAAUGAACUGUCGCCUCUGAUGCGUCGAAAGCCAGGUAGUGGUACGCCAUUAGUUCAGCGAACAUCCAACACAGUACUCAGUGAGGAUGAACAUGAUGGCCGAGGUGGAAUGGGCACAUCUGAUGAUGACAUGAUGUCUGACUCAGAGUCAUCUAUUGCCUCACUCACUGAUAGGAAGAAGUCAUUUGAACAGGCAAUGGAUGAAGAUAUGACAAUUCUGGCAGAAGCAGUAUGGGAUCAUGUUGCCAUGGAGCCCGAAGAGUUGGCAUUCCGUGCCGGCGAUGUCAUUGAGGUGCUUGAUACAAUGGACCGAGAUUGGUGGUGGGGAUCAAGAAAUGAAGAUAGUGGCUGGUUUCCUGCAGCAUUCGUUAGGCUGCGGGUGAGUCAGGAAGACACAGUAGAAGACUGUUUGGCAGCCAUGGCCUCAGGCUCAACUCCAAGUACGCAGUUAAGGCGACGAACUAGUGUGUCUCUGCUAAGUAAUGAUCAGGUGCGCUCCAGUGUGGUGCGUGAGCUUAUCAACACAGAACGUGACUUCGUUAAGAUUCUUCGUGAUGUUGCUGAGGGUUACUUGGCUGAAUGCCGGAGGCGGACAGAUAUGUUCUCACCACAGCAGAUUGAUACCAUCUUUGGCAACUUGGAGGAUCUGUUGCAGUUUCAGUCAACAUUCCUGCAGGAUUUGGAGAGUCAUGUUGAGUGGGAUGCACCACAUCGGAGUUGUAUAGGAGAAUGUUUUCUUGCUCAUCGAUCUGGGUUCAAGAUUUACUCUGAGUACUGUAACAGCCAUCCAAUGGCAACUGCUACUCUACAGGAACUGUAUCAGCACAACAGCUACAGUAAAUUCUUUGAAGCUUGCCGCCUGAUGCGUGGGCUUAUUGAGAUUCCUCUUGACGGCUACCUGCUCACACCUGUUCAGCGUAUCUGCAAGUAUCCUCUUCAGCUGGCUGAGUUGCUCAAAUAUACAAAGGCUGACCAUGCAGAUUAUGACAAAAUCCGGGAGGCAUUAGAUGCUAUGCGGAAUGUUGCUGUUCUCAUUAAUGAACGAAAACGAAGAAUGGAGAGCCUGGAGAAGCUUGCUGCUUGGCAGCAGAGGGUAGAAGGUUGGGAGGGUGAAGACUUGAUUGAGCACAGUUCCCAAUUGAUCCAUCAAGGAGAGGUUGUGAGGGUCACAACUGGCAUGUGGACCAAUAACAUUACACUUUUCCUCUUUGACCACCAGCUUGUCUAUUGUAAGAAGGACAUCCUUAAGAGGAAUACUUAUGUAUAUAAAGGACGGAUACAGUUAGACACAAGUGAAGUCGUUGACGUUCCAGAUGGAAAAGAUCCACAGUUAGGCGUAAUGGUAAGGCAUGGAUUGAAAGUAUACAGCUGUAUCCGUGACAAGUGGUUGCUAUUUUGCUGUCGGUCAGCAGAAGAAAAGCAACGAUGGCUACAGGCCAUGGCAGAGGAACGUCGACUUGUAGUUAAAGAUCGUCAAGAUGGUCUUGAAUUCCCUCCGACGGCUCGCCAACUGGCAAGAAUGGCUGCUCGUUGCAAGAGAAGACCACCAAGCAAGCCCAGAAGUAAGAACUAUAAGCAGGACUCCGGAUAUAGCAUGAAUCUGUCAGAAGCAGGGUCCAGUCAUCACAGCCUUAGUGGGCCACAACCAGCACAUGGGUCAACUCACUCACUGGGACACAAAGUUGGUACCUGGUUUACAUUUUCCAGCAGUAAGAAAGGGCGAGCCUUGGUACGCACCUCUCCACACCAUCAGCACACAUGAAGCAGUGGUAUUUUCAUGGUGGUGUUCUUCUGGCAGCAAUGUAAUGGACAACACAAACUCUUCUAGCCCUUUUAAAAUAAAAUUGCAAAAUAGGAAAUUUGUUCAAGCUCAAGUUAAAAAGUAAAACAUCUGUCAUAAUGGAUGUCUUACCAUUCUUGAUCUACAAACUGAAUUAAGGACAGGUCCUAUAUAAUUUUAUCUUACUAUUCAUCAUACAAGGUAACAGGAAGAUAACUUUUAGGAUGUGAAACCAAUUGCAUAUAGAGAUGAAGCACUGGCUGUUAAAAAUAUGUGAAAAUAAAGAAAACUACAUGUAGGCACGCCAAGGUUUCAGUUACUGAAACUGGUACUCUUCAGUACCUGGUAAUAAUGUUCUACCACAAACCAGGAAGUCACAGAGAGGCUCAGAAAGUUAUAAAACAUGUUUAAUAGUCAGAAAUAAGAUAUAUAUGCUACUGUCAGUAGUAAAGCGAUGGAAGGGUGGGGGGAAAUGGGAGCAUACACAAGACUGAACACUAUCCUUCCUAGAAGUGACAGUUGUAACUGACCUGCACAGUGUAUAUUUCCUGUGUGACUACUCCUACAUUAAUAGAUGACUUUCCAAAGUAUCUUCUUGAAGCUUUAAUGUAAUUACAGAAUAACCAUAUACUGAUGAAACCCACUUUACAUAUCGACUAUAUACUGAACUGGAGCAGUAUGCACACAUAUCUACUGCUGUGAUUCAGAGACAGCCUCAGAAUAAAAAACUACACAUACUCAGAAAGCAAAAUAACAGCUUUAAUUUACACACAGCUCUAGAAAUAUCUUUUAAUUCAUUCAUAAUUUAAACUGCUAGAAGUUCACAACAUACAGACAACACAUUUCAGGUUAUUAUUCUUAAUCAUGAAAAUGUGUGUUGAUGCCUUGCAUACUUUUACUGUGAUUUUUCUUUUAAUGUAAAAGACUUUUACCUCAGAUCGCCCAAUGGCCUACACUGAGCCAAUUUUCCUCUACUCUGAUUUCCUUACUAUGGUAAUUUGCUAUAAGUUAGCUCAAGAAAUAAGCCUAUGGAAACCCCCAUCAGUCAAACUUAUGAAGAUGAACUUUAUAAUGUAAUAAUAACCCUUGGCAACAGUAACAAAGCAGUAAAACAUAAUAUCAGCCAUUGCUGGAUUUCAUGACCAGGCCUACAGAACUUCACAAACGCACAUUGGAUAGCUAGCACAACUGUUAUGUUGGUUGCAACAACGCUGUUUAUAUAUAGGGAUGCUAAAACCAUAAAUGUAACAUUGUUUGAAGCCUUGUUGUUGCAAGUAGUGUCUCAGAAUUUGAGAGAGGAUGUGAAAAAAUUUGAAAAUGGUAAGAAAUAAUUGCCUUUAAAUUUUACACUUUGAAUUCAUACUUAUUUAAUAUCCACUAUUAUGUACACAAAACCAGUGAUAAAGAUGCUGAUUUAUAUAGUACACCACAUUUUUAUGUAAUAAUUUGGGCCAAAUUUUGAGACAUCAUUUACAUAAAUUAUCUAGUUCAGUGCAGCCAGUAUCAGGAAGCACAGAGAAUAUGUUUUUGUUGCAAAAUACAUGUAUAUAUUUUUCUGUAAAUAUGUAUUAUUAUGUAUUAGGCUGCUGACAGAUUGUACAAAUGAUGUAACUGUUAAUUCCACUAGUGUUAAAUUUAAAGUUCUUUAGCUAUAAUGAUGAUCUCUUGAAAGCUCCAUUGACAAGUAUUACUGUUGAAUGUGUGUCAGUUCUUGUGCUGAGUACUUAUAACUGUGUUAAUAAAUUUAUGGUUAUGUGUUCCUCUCUGUGUAGAGAGAAAUGCAAUGAACUAUUUAAGAGAGAAUGAAGUGUUGCACAAAUAGAUGUUUAUGACAGCAUUUUAUGACACAUUAUGUAUAUAAAAACUUUCAACUUGUGUAAAUGUACUUAACAUAAUAGUUUUAUAAAGAAUGUGUUGAUUUAA